AUGUGUAUUUUCUUUCGUAGCACUGCUCAGAACUUUGUUUAUGGUGAGCAGCCUGGGUUUGAGGCCAUGUGUGAUGCACAUGUGACAUUGGGUCACUGUUUUUGGGGAAAUCAGUCACAGCAUGUUACAUCAUGCUCCCAAAUGCAACAAUGGGAUUGCCCACCCCCACUAGUCUGGCAGAAUCUGGUCUUACCAUCUCGAUUAUGA